CCCGCCCAAACGUCGGUCAACUUAGGUUCUGGCGCUGAGUACUUGAGUCCUUCCGAAGCUUCAAAUCCGAAGUCCGUCAACGUUGCGGGGUCGAGGACGUGAUUCCCACGAAUAGAGUUGUAUUCUCACGGUCAGAAAGCGGCUGCAAUACGGUCUGAGUGUUUUCUCCUUUGAUUAUUGCCUCUCUCCUCUUCAUCACAAUCGCCAUGCUCGCUCUCGUCAACGCUCUCCAUCCACAGCCGACAGACCACUCCGCCAUUGACAGGUCCCUUCUCAGACAACCGUCAUCGUCUUCGUCGUCCACCACCUCCGCGUCGACAUCUGUACCCUCAUCCUCAUCUUCCGUCCGCAAGCAGAGAAAACCUCCUUUGCCACACAGCUCCUCUUCAUUUUCCUCUUACACCCCUGGCUCUUCCGCAUCCUCUGCAUCUGCAUCCUUGAGCUCAAGCGUCUUUGCCACACCGUUUUCUUCUAGACCAACGUCUGCCGCAGGAUUCGCCGUGGCUCGAGACCAGUCAGAUCGGCCGGAUGUUACACCACCUCCGGAGAGCACCACUAGCGUCGAUACCAACAGCUCAAGCUCAAGUCGUGUCACUAUCACUGCAGCGAGUACCAGCAAAACACCCAUACCCACUCCUUCAACUCCUACGUCUGUUCCCAACGGGAUCGCUUCACCGCUCAAUGCAGCACCAGCACCCAUCGACAUCCAUACAUACCCAUCAACCGACCUGCUCCGCCUCCUUGCGUCCCUUCUCACCCAGAUUGCCUCCACUAAUGAUGCCCUCCCCACCCCUAACCCCCAUGAAUCUACGCACAUACCAGACUCGUCACGACCACCACUUUGGCGCACCCUCACCACCGCUUCUCGAGAGUCGCUUGCGAAUCCAACCAGCGCGCUGACAUUCCAUGCGCGGAACAUCCCUACCAUUGCACUCGACGCAUACCUUCUUCGCAUCCUCAAGUACUGUCCCACCACAAACGAAGUUUUCCUUGCACUCCUGGUCUACUUCGAUCGCAUGUCUCGCCUCGCGGCUGAGGCGACCAGUCGCACGUUUGUCAUUGACUCCUACAACGUGCAUCGGCUCGUCAUUGCUGGUGUCACAGUGGCGAGCAAGUUUUUCAGCGAUGUGUUCUACACCAAUUCGCGGUAUGCAAAGGUUGGCGGCCUCCCGCAAGCGGAGUUGAAUCAGCUUGAGCUACAGUUUCUGUUGCUCAACGACUUUAAUCUUGUCAUAUCCCCCCAAGAAAUGCAGAAAUACGCCGAGCAGCUUGUAAUAUUUUCGCAGUCCACCGAUCCCUCAGCAUCAGAUAUCUCAUCUUCUCAAAGUGCUGGCGCUUUGCCCACAGCUCCUCCCGCACACUGUCGGCCGUUAUCCUUCCCCUCUCCUGCAGCUCAGGCGGCGGAUGCUAUGGACACAGCCACUGACAGAAACCGCACUCCUAGCAUGCGGGCGGCACGAGGGGAAGAUGAAGAUGCACGGAGUAUCCUGUCCGAGGCUGAUACGGAGACGGAGACAGAGGGCGGAUCUACCACGGAUGAUGAGCCAACGAUUCGCCCUCGCCAGUCCAGUUGUUCAGGUGACGAUGACGAGGAUGAAAACGAGGUAGAUGCCGAAGGCGUGUUCCGUGCCGAGGUGGAGGCACGAAACUCAGAUAUUGGGAUGGCAAGCCCGUAGUGGUCGGGUAUCUAUAACUUUUGUUGAAUGGGCUAUUCUGGCAGAGUCGUCGGCAGGCAAGCAGCCCUCUGCUGUUGAUGCAAUAGUUUCGGUUAUCUUAUCUUUCCCUUUCUCCCUGCCUCGCUCUUGACAUCAUCUGGGUUUCUAUGGCGCGCGCUAGAUCUCAUCCAACCCCAAAACGCCACCUUUCAUAUCCCCAAUCGCAAUUCACUCAUCGCAUCCAUGCAGGUUCUCAUCGCCACAAUCUCUCACUCCGAUCAUCCAAUCAUCCAUCGACCUUUUCUAGCCUUGCCUUCCUAUUUGUCUCGGCCUCAUGCGUUCCCUGCCCUGCCUCUAAUUAUUCGUCGCUUCCGGUUACCUUGAUGGACAACCAGGACGCGAGUGGGAGCGAACCCCUCACAGGCUUUCUUCGAUCGAUCCCAGCCUAUGACACGCGCGUAUCACGCUGCCUCAUCAAAUCCACAACCCCGGACUCAACGUUCACGUUGUGCGGGUGGAACCCCAUUCAGAUGCGUGUUUCGGAUGUCGACUCCCAACGUUCCCAAUCUCUUUCUUUUCUCAUCGUUCCAUACUUCUCGGACAAACGUUCAUUGAUCAUCGGUAAUGACACGACUACGAUACGACUCUCACCAAUUUUUUCUGUGUGCGUGUACGAGACGUCAAAAUCAUUUUACUGUACGCGAAUUUUCCUUCUGUGCAUACCUAGC